GAGUCGGCGCCGACGGGCUAGCGCGGCGUGGGUGCGAUCUGGUUAUGAAGGAAGAGCAGAGCUUCUCGGAUAUUUGCGGCGGCCGCCUGGCCCUGCAGCGCCGCUACUACUCCCCGUCCUGCCGGGAAUUCUGCCUCAGCUGCCCUCGGCUCUCGCUGCGUUCGCUCACCGCUGUCACCUGCACCGUGUGGCUGGCGGCCUACGGCCUCUUCAUACUCUGCGAGAACAGCAUGAUCCUCUCUGCUGCCAUCUUCAUCACCCUCUUAGGCCUGCUUGGUUACCUUCAUUUUGUGAAGAUUGAUCAGGAGACUCUGCUAAUCAUUGAUUCCCUUGGCAUCCAGAUGACUUCAUCCUAUGCUUCAGGCAAAGAAAGCACUACCUUUAUAGAGAUGAGCAAGGUCAAGGAUAUUGUCAUUAAUGAGGCUAUUUACAUGAGUUCCAAGCCCCGGCUGGACUGCUUGAUUGAAGUAUACAGGAGCUGCCAGGAGAUCCUGGCACAUCAGAAAGCCACGUCAGCAAGUCCGUGAGUCCCAGCAUUCAAAAAGCCAGUAUUGUCUUCCGUGGGAGAUGACUGCUAAGCCAUAGUGGCUGGCUUAUUUCUGUACUCUGAACCGUCCGAUGGACACAGUCCUAGGAACCGUAUGGAUAUAGUGGAUCUCAGAGCCAUAGAGCAGGUGACUGGAAAUCUAACUCAAUGUAUUUCUUUGUAUUAUAGUGUUCCCCUUGUAAGGUUUUGCCUAUUUUACCAACAGAGGAGAGACCUUAAGAAUUUGACAUGAUAUGUCUAAUGUUGGCAAAGAGCACUUUGUGAAAUUCCUAAGCGUAUUCAAGUUUACUUUGUGUUGAUAUUUGUUGAGCAAGACAGUGGGAAACUGAUACCAAAUCUCUCGAGAAAGGUAUAAUUUCCAAUUGCAUAGUACUCCUGUAUGAAGUUAAAGAAAAAAAAAUGUCAAACCCUUCAGGUACUGGUUAACGGGAAGAAAUGUCCUGCAUAAGAAUAGUCUCUGUCCACCUAGCUCCUGUGUUCUGUACAGGGUUAAUUUAUGAUGACUCUCC